CCCCCCCCAAAAAAAAAAAAAAAAAAAAAAAAAACUAGUCGGAACUCCGUUCUCUUUCUUCAGUGCUGGGCUUCUCAAAUUAGGAUUUGAAGUUCUGGUUUUGAUUUUUUUCGAAAAAUCAAAAUAGUUGAUUGCUUGGCUUGGCCGAAAGAUUCAAGGUCUUCAGAUGUGUCAAGCAGGCACUGCUGCACACAUUUUAUGAAACCAUAGGAGAACUUCGUGGCAAUAAAUCGACUACAAUACAACCAGUUAAUCAAUUAUGGUGAUGGCCGUUGACUUUGGACAUUCUGGCGUCACCGUUGGGGGCGGGACUCUGUCGGAACUGUACCAGAGUUCGAGGCGGCUAUUGUUGAAGACUAGAGAUGGAUUAGAGAAGCUGGAGCGGUGUCAGUACACCUCUUCCUCCGCCUCGUCGUCGUCGAGCGCCUCGUCAUUGGCCAUAGACUCUUCCAGCAAUUUGUUCGAUUCUGUCAGGAAGGACAUCACCCAGAUCCAGUCGCUAUGUUCCGAGAUGGAUCGCCUUUGGCGCUCUGUACAUGCCAAGUCUCAACGUGAUCUCUGGAAAAGAAAGGUUGAACAAGUGGCUGAAGAGGCUGACUCUUUGAAAGACAGUUUGAAUAAAUAUGAUCUAUAUAAUAAGCGGCGAAUACAAGAGGCUCAAGAGAGAGCUGAAUUACUAGGAAGAGCUAAUGGAAGUUCAUCUCAUGUUCUUCGGAUUUUUGAUGAGGAAGCACAAGCAAUGCAGUCUGUCCGCAGCUCUUCAAAGAUGAUGGAAGAAGCUUUGGCAACUGGUACUGCUAUUCUAUCUAAAUACAGCGAGCAAAGGGAGAGAUUAAAGCAUGCUCAACGAAAGGCUCUGGAUGUCCUCAACACGUUGGGUCUAUCGAAUUCAGUAUUGAGGCUGAUUGAAAGGAGAAACCGUGUUGAUAAGUGGAUCAAGUAUACCGGUAUGGUUGUGUCAAUCAUCAUCCUUGUUGUCGUGUGGAGGUGGACAAGAUGAGUGAGUGGUUCUUUGACAAAAAACCGAUGUUGAGGUAAUUUGAAAGUAGCAGACCAGUGCCUGUUGGUUUUUAACAGCAUCAAAUUUUGGGAUUAUAUUCCAUUUUCCUUGCAAAAAUCUUUGCUUGUUAGGGGAAUGAAAAUGCAGCUGGUGAUUUGUAAGUUCGGUCGGAAUCACACCCUUUUAGGUGACUGGGCCUCACAGUUGGGAAAUCGUUGAAUUUUGCUGGUGUUUACGU